AUGGGGGAAGAAGAGGAGGAAGUUGAACCCUCCGGUACACAAAGACCACGGCAACGAUAUAUGCGGCCACAUAGGGAAAUUAACGCAGAGGUGGCAGGUUUUGUGACCAGAAGACGGGUGCCCUCCUAUAAAAAUUUUGAUCAGGGGCAGCAGGAGAUAUAUGACAAUGUCUCCGCGUGCAUAGGUGAAGGACGGGAAUACAGUCAAAGAAGAGAAGCUUGGGAAGGGUCGCAUGGAUCCACAAUGCAAGAAUAUUGGGCGGCUCAAGAAGCCCAACGUGAAAGAAUGAACAAGUUUAUGGAAGAACAAGAACGGUUCCAAGCCAUGCAAAGAUCACACAUGGAACAGUUGGCAAAGAUGCAGGAGGAUGAGGCAGCCCGAAGACGGGCAUGGGAAGAAGCAGAGGCAGCGCGUCGACAGGAAGAAGAACAAUUGAACCGACGCCGGUGGAGUGCCCUGUCGAAAACCGAAGCACCAGAACGCGUCAUGGAUCAACCGGGAGAGUUAGGAGCGGAAAACGGAGGAUUCACAAAAGAGAGCCCGUCGCCGACGGGGUCCAGACCGUCGGCAACGCCUUCUAGACAAGCCCGUAGGCAUAUGUUGCCCGUAUCCAGGUGUUUAGGCCGUCGGAGCAGGAGACAAAACCAGGGCCCGUCGCCGACGGGUUGA